UUGAUAUAAAAUUCUGCAUUUUAUUUAAAAAAUGCCCUCCGUAUAUUGUGUUUUGUGCGGCAAUCGUGAUAAAUCGGUUUCCUAUUUUGCAUUUCCAAAAGAAGAGAAUAUUCGCAAGCAGUGGCUAGCAUUUUGCGGAAUAAAUGAACAAGUUCUUAACACCGUUACUAAACUAUGUACAAAUCAUUUUCGAGAAGAAGAUAUAAUAAAGAAACCUAAGCGUUCAUAUAUGAAACCUAAUACUGUGCCAUUCAUUCAUGGAAAGAAAGGGACAAGAUCUCUAUACUUGAAUUCGUUUAAUAAUAAAAUUGAUUAUAAGAACAAAAAGGAUAUUGCUACUGACAGGAUAAAUAUUGACUACAAUGUAUCAGUAAACGAUACUUCUGUGACAGUUACUGAACGUAUACCACAGAGUAGUGAAAAUGUGCAGUUGAAUUGCCAAACAUCUUCCGAGGCUGAAGCUCGAUCUCGUAUUGGUAUCAUUGAAAUACCAGGUUCAACUGCAAAAGCUAACACAUCAUUAAGAGAAUAUUUCUCAAAUUUCCAAACAUGUACAAAGGCCAUACAGAAACCUCGUUAUGUUGGUAACAUUACAACACAACAUCUAAGUACAUUGAGAAAAGUGCAAAGAUCUUUAAAGAUAGCAAAACAUACUAUCUCACGACAACAAAAAAAAAUAAAAUCUCUGCAGCAACGCCGUAAUAGAUUUAUUGCUCGCAUAACGACAUUAAAAUGUUUAAUCAAACAUUUGAAGAAGAAGAAUUUACUUACAGAAGCGGCUGCUGAAAAUUUAAAGCUUCUUCUUCUUCUUCCUUUAUGAUUGGCACGCGCAGCCACGGCCGCGAUCAGGCCAUAAAGUUAGUUACGAUGAUAUGCAAUGCGAUGGUGAAUAGGCCGGAACACGCGCGCCAGAUCGACAUUUGCGUAGCUUAAAGAACUCGGGGUAUGGAUGGAUAUCGAUACUUUUGAAAUAUGCAAGGAUAUAUUACAUAUUGGACUUGGUUAGAGGGUGCGAGAGUGAAUGCAUGCGUGCGAAUGUAGCCGUGAAUUAGAUUGCAUAUUGUAGCGUAAUUAGAGGCGAUAAAUAGGAUACUAGAGGUAUGGAUAAGUAGGAUCCGGUGGCAUAGAAGCGACACAAAUAAAGGCGAUAAGAACUUUGCAGCGAUAGAACGGUUUUAUACGAGGUAAGGAGAAGGAAGGUAGGUGAAGUUAUGGCGUCGAAAGACGCGAGCGUCAGGAAGACGGAGAGUCGGGAAGGGAAGGCGGUAGGAUAGCAAGCAGAGGAAGUUAACGACAGAGGUGAGGGGCUCAGUUGUGGGAUUCUCUAAACGUUUUAUCGACAAUUGUCGCUAUCGUUAACUAGCGACAGCCAAUGACAGCCGCGCUUUCUUCCAGGAUUGUCCUGACAUUGGCUGUCGCUAGUUAACUAUAGCGACAAUCAUCAAUAAGACGUUUAGAGAAUCCCGCUACAGAUGGCGGGAAAAAGGUUUUUAGGGAAAAAACAUUUAGGUUAGAUGAAGAGACAGUGGAAGGGUCAAUGAAGAGAGGAGUGAGAGGGGAGGUAGAGGAAAAUAUCUGGGAAGAGUUUAAAUUAAUGAAAGAGGAAAGAAAGGUUUUCAUGGAAAAUAUAAGGGAGAAAAGAAAAAUGCUCAUGGAAAGUCUGAAGGUCAAGGAAAGAUUCUGGGAGGAGAGGAUUAGAAGGAUAAGAAGAGAAAAUAAUAAAAAGAGAAAAUAAGGUAAAGUAAUGGAUAGAGAAUGCGGAGAAAAGGCUUAGGGUGAAAUCAUACGUUGCGGAAAAAGA